AUGACACUGAUGGAGAACAGGACAGAGGUGACCCAGUUCCUCCUGCUCGGACUGACCGAUGACCCACACCUGCGGCUUCCCCUCUUCAUCACCUUCCUCCUCAUCUACACCAUCACCGUUGCUGGAAACCUGGGGAUGCUCCUGCUGAUCCUCCUGGACCCUUGUCUGCACACUCCCAUGUACUAUUUCCUGGGUAACCUGUCCCUGGUGGAUUUUUGUUACUCCUCAGCUGUCACUCCCUCAGUGAUGGCUGGGUUGCUUACAGGAGACCAGGUCAUUUCCUAUGGUGCUUGUGUCACUCAGAUGUUCUCUUUUGCAGUCUUUGCCAGUGUGGAGAAUUUCCUCUUGGCUGCAAUGGCCUAUGACCGCUAUGCCGCAGUGUGCAAGCCCCUACAUUAUGCUUCUGGAAUGACAACAAAUAUAUGCACUUGGCUGAUUAUAGGUUGUUAUGCCAUCUCUCUCCUGAGUGCUGCCACCUACAUUGGGGACACAUUCAGUCUCUCCUUCUGUAACUCCAAUGUGGUCCAUCACUUUUUCUGUGAUAUUCCAGCAGUUAUGGUCCUCUCUUGUUCUGAUAGACAUCGCAAUGAACUGGUUCUUGUUUAUGUUGUGAGCUUCAAUAUCUUUUCUGCUCUCUUAGUUGUCUGGAUAUCCUAUGUUUUCAUUUUUAUCACAAUCCUAAGGAUGCACUCAAGUGCAGGACCUUGGAAGGCUCUGUCCACUUGUGCCUCCCACCUCACUGCCAUCUCCAUCUUCUAUGGGACGGUCAUCUUCAUGUACCUGCAGCCCAGCUCCAGUCAUUCCAUGGACACAGACAAGAUGGCAUCCGUGUUCUACACCAUGGUGAUCCCCAUGCUGAACCCACUGGUCUACAGCCUGAGGAACAAGGAGGUCAAGAGCGCAUUCUUAAAGGUCAAGAGCAGAUUCAUCUGUCGGACAAAAUAA